AUGACGUUCAAGAGAAUCCAACCUCAAGAGCUCGACGCCUUAACUUCUACAAGUAAUAGAUUUGUUGUUAUAGAUGUUCGGGACGAUGACUAUGACACGGGUGGGCACUACAAGGGGAGUGUUAACAUCCCCGUUGGAGAUAUUCUGGACGGAAGAAAAGACGUCAUGGAGAUGCUAGACCGCUAUGAUCUGAUUGUCUGCUAUUGCAUGCUUUCACAGCAGCGCGGUCCUGCGGCUGCUCGUAGUCUGUGCUCCGCCUUUCCUCAGAAGAAGAUAUAUGUUGUUACCGGGGGCUUCACGGCCAUGCUCGAGUACUACGGGCCGCUGGGCCGGAUUGUCGGAUGUCCCGUAGAGAGUAAAUAG